AUGAUGGAGAAGAUUGAGAAUUUACAGAGUCAUGAUAACAGUGAGAUUUAUGAGAAAGCAGUGAAGCUUCUUGAGACUUAUUGGUUGGAGGAAGUGGAUGAUGCUAUGCCACCUGGCGAUGCAGCUGCUCCUUCUACUGGUUUCCAUUUUGGAGGUGGUGAUUUUCCGUUCCUUCUGGUGGAUUCAACUUUAACUAAGAAGUCUACAUUAGGAAGACCAAGUUGUUCAACCCCUGACAAAGGAAACGUUUCUGUAUACAUCGAUUGCAGUCCCACAGCAGCACCACAAUACAAGGCUUCUAGUUUUGGUUCAAAUGGACGUUCUUCGAUUGUUUCUUCAUUCGAAACACCGUGUCCCCAAAACCCUUCAGGAAAGUCUAAUCUUCCAGGGUAG